AUGGGACUUGUUGAAAUCUUACGUUACUGCACUUGUCGCGGAGUUUACACCGAUGACUGUCCCUGGCUCGUCCCGGCUAUUUCCACCCUGGAUCGGUGGCUCAAGGCUUACUACGAAGGCGGAACCGAGCGUGGAAAGCGUUCCGUUCACUCGGAACGCAAUCUGCAUUUGCCCGCUAUAAACAAGUGCGUAAUGAAUGCCAUGCUGUUAUAA